AUGCUUAAAGUGGGAAUCAAUAGUAGCUCGAGCGUGUGGCUGACGGUGUCGUUCACGGUGGAGCGCUACAUCGCCGUGUGCCACCCGCUGCGCGGGAAGGUGCUGUGCACGGAGAGCCGCGCGCGCACCGUCAUCGCCGUCGUCUUCGUGGCGUGCGCCCUCGCCACCAUCACCACUCCCUUCGAGUACAAGGUGGUGUCCGAAGAGGCCGGCUUGACCGUUAGAAAUUCAGACCUGGGAAGCGACGAGACGUAUCAGACCAUUUUCUACUGGUUUUCUUCCAUCACAUUCACCAUUCUGCCACUCAUCCUGCUGGGCAUCUUCAACUCGUUCCUGGUGUGGGCGGUGCACCGCAGCCAGAGGCAGCGCUUUCGCAUGACCCAGUUUGAUAUGUUGUUUCCUGCAGCAGGAGAAAAUCAGACAUCUCUUGGCAAUAGCUCAAGUUGCGAAUCGGCCUGA